GUUGAGGCAAGCGACAUCCAAAAGCUUUGGGAGAACGUCCAUGAAGACCUCUGUGACAAGAUCUCUUGCUAGGGUGAAUACCUUGGCUUGCAAUCAUGCGGCUGUACGAAGACGACCAACUUCAGCCGCGUUCUUGAGGACCACCAAAGCACCUUUUCGAUGUCAAAGUUCGUCGUUCAAAGAUGAUGAGGAUGUGCAAAAAGAGGAUAGAGGGCAUUCAUGGGCCCCCCACCCAAUGAUCCGCACAAAUCUACUUGACAAUCUUCCUGAAGUAGUUUCUACAGGAAAAAAUUGGAGAACAGCUUAUAUUGCGUUGGGGAGCAAUCUUACUAAUCGGGUUGAUUGGAUAGAAAGAGCAUUGAGCGAAAUGAAGAAGAAAAAGGUAAUCAGGCUUCUGAGAACGAGUAGUCUUUGGGAGACGGACCCCAUGUAUGUUUUAGAGCAGGAUAAAUUUCUCAAUGGUGUUUGUGAGGUAUGUUUUCCCCCACCAACUUGACGAGCAUUCUGAUAUUGACAUUUAUAUACAGAUAUCAACAACAUUGGAGCCUAUUGCACUUCUAGAUACUCUUCAAGAAAUUGAGAACGAUCUGGGAAGGAUGAAAACUGUUGAUAAAGGACCUCGGAAUAUUGAUCUCGAUAUUUUGAUGUAUGACAACCAGGUCAUAAAUGAGGAUAGGUUGACAAUACCGCAUCCAUUAAUCGCUGAACGCGAAUUCGUUCUUCGACCAUUAUCAGAGUAAGCCACCUUCAUAUCUAGCUCUGUUGCUGCUAAUUGGCAUAGAUUGAUUCCUGCGCAGCCCCUGACUCCUGCAUCUCCUUGGAAAACUGUUCAGGAUCAUCUCAAUGCUCUUCCUCCCUCCACGAUCACUACUGUAACCCCCCUCGACAACGAUGGCAAGGAAUUCCUUCGACCCCUUCAACCAACUCGUAGUACUAGAAUCAUGGCUAUCCUAAACAUGACUCCAGACUCCUUUUCCGACGGCGGAAAAAACGACCACCUCUCUCUAGACCGAGCCGCACUGGGAAAAACAAUGAAUCUCUUAACAAAUCGAGGAGCAACCAUAAUCGACAUCGGCGGCCAAUCAACAGCCCCAAACGCAUUUCAAGUAAGCGACGCUGAAGAAGCCUCCCGCGUAAUUCCCAUCGUAGAAAUGCUGCGGGACGUAGUACGCUUCGAAGGCCUCAUCAGCGUCGACACUUACCGAUCCUCCGUGGCAAAAGCAGCCAUCAAAGCCGGUGCAAACUUAAUAAACGAUAUUUCCGCUGGCGAACUCGAUCGUUACAUGCUCCCCACUCUCGCAUCGCUAGAUAAACAAAAAACGGUUUGUCUCAUGCAUAUGCGCGGCACCCCCACCACCAUGCAGAACGAUCGCAUGACCGCCUACCCGGAUGGACUGAUCCCCACCAUCGCCAAAGAACUCCUGCAGCGACUCAAGGCAGCCGAGGAAGCGGGUAUCUACCGCUGGCGCAUUAUUCUCGAUCCCGGCAUAGGAUUCGCGAAGGAUUCUACACAUGCAUUGGAAAUCUUGAGACGGUUAGAUGAGUUGAGGGAGUGGCCUGGCUUGGUGGGGCUACCGUGGUUGGUGGGAGCUAGUAGAAAAAAGUUUAUUGGCAGGUUACUUGCACAAGAUGGGCAUAUAAAGAGAACGACAGAAAGGAUUUAUGGAACAGCUGGGGCAGUGGCGGCGAGUGUAAAGGGGGGCGCGGAUAUCGUGAGGGUGCAUGACAUUCGGCAGAUGAAGGAGGUUGCCACGAUUUGUGAUGCUAUUUGGAGAGUUCGGGACUAGAUUCCUCCAUACAAGGUAUUUUGGCAUUGCUGUUCUAUCGCAUACACUGUGCUGUUAUCCCUUGCGUCCGUGGGCUCUGGUGUUUUGGUUUGCCAAGCGGACUUCAAGGCUAUUUCAUUUUCAGAUGGAUUAGAAAACAGCGAAACGCUAUAUUUGCUACUGUAAGAAGAAAACCAUUAACAAUAAGUACGUGGCUAAGUCUAGGAGUUAAUAAUAUAAAUUCUAGAACAUGAG